AUGCAUAGCGGUAUUUAUACAAUUCCUGGGUCUGGCUAUAUACAACUGACUUUGAACGGAACUCUCAAUAAUCCAAUUAUUAUUCAAGGUGCACCUAAUGAAUCACGUCCGAUCAUUCAGGGUCCACAAACCGGUCCGAAUGCUCAAAAUGUCAUAAAUAUUCAGGGUUCGAAUUUUAUGGUGAAAUAUAUAGCAUAUACCAAAGGUUCACGAGGCAUUCGUCUGGGACCGGGUGUUACAAAGAACGCCAUUUUUGACUGCAUCUACAUUUACAACAUUACAGGAAUGGCAUUUUCAGCCAAUGAUGUCGGAAAUGAAUAUGUCAACAUAACAUUACGAAACAGUGAGAUGACAAAUACAAACGCUGUGGCUGCUACAACAGGUGAAUGUGUUUAUCUCGGUUGUGAAAAUGAUGGAUGUCGAAUUCGUGAUUCUCUGAUUGAUCACAACUAUUGUCACGAUACACUUGGUUCAUCGGGAGGGUCACGGGCUGGAUUUCAAGUUAAAUCUGGCUCGUAUAAUGUAACCCUUCGUAACAACGUUUGUUACAAUGUAGUGGGACCUUGUAUUCUUGUUUAUGAUGAUUAUGAUCGCGGACGAAACUUGAUUGAUGGAAAUUUGGCCAUAAAUGCUGGAACGGCUGAUGUCGGUAUACAAUGUACAUCGGGAGCGACCAUUACCAAUAAUAUUGUCAUUAAUGCCAAUAUUGCUGGAAUCGCUGUCAUGCAGAACUCGAUUUAUUCUGUUGUUAAUUACAUUCGAAAUAUAACCAUAAAUCAUAAUACUGUUUAUAUGUCAAAAACAGAUGCUUGUCUUCGUCUAAAUGGUAUAACAAAUAAGAACAUAGUAAUCAUGAAUAAUGUACUAUAUUGUGGAAGUCAGCCAUCAAUCAAAGCCUCCAAUGAUUUAACUGGUGUCUUGAUUUAUGCUAACGCUCACAAUGGCACUGUUAGUGCUACUGGCAUUCGAUGGUAUGGAACAUUCCCAGUCUCGAAUAAUGUCUUCACAAAUGUUACAGCCUAUAAUUUCUAUCCGGCUGUAGGAUCUCUAUUGAUCAAUAAUGGUUCAUAUCUAUGUUAUCAACCUCCUUUGUAUGAUUACAAUGGAAUGGUACGAUCCACCACAACACCGACUGUUGGUGCAUAUGAAUAUUCUACUACGACAAACCCUGGCUGUGCAACAAUAAAACAAUACAAAUGUGGUUCAUGCUAUGCUACUGUACCUAAGUAUCGUCUUUUUCCUUAA